AUGGACACACUAAGCGUAACACCAGGGACCACCACCUCCCCACUCACAGCCCGGAAGCCGGCCUUCCGCCCCCUCCUCCAACCUCGAGCCGCCGCCGCCCUCGACUUUAACGACGACAGCGAUGAUUCUGAUAACGAUUUCCUCUCGGCCGAUUACAAGGCCCAACGCAAGACUACCAUGGACCUGGUCGAUUUCUUCAAGAAUGCUCCUCCUCCACCGCCGGCUCCAAGUCUGCCGCCUGUUACUGUAGACGAUAAGAAGAAACGGUCGUUGCUGCAGAGGUUGAGGAAUCGCAAGUCUGGGUCGAUGUUGAAUGGUGGGAGUAAUCGGGCUAGCUUGUCGGGGAUGCCCGGGUCGGUGGUUGCUGGGGGAGUUGGGAGUACGAUUAGUACGGCGAGUGGUGCGACGGCGACGUUGCCGAAUGGGAAGAAGUAUGUGAUGAUUGCUGUUGACUACAAGGAUUCUCCUGCUUCUACCUCGACAGCCGCGACGACGACAACACCCAACAUGUCACAUAUCUCACCUGUGACAGGAAUCACAAACGCUUUGGCCGCUACUAGUCCAAAGAGGAACUCGCCCACCAGCAGUAUGCGACAGAGCAGGGUCUAUUCGAGCGGCAGUGAUGAUGGAAAACCGGUGACGGGAUCAACGUUGUUGGGCAGCAACAUGCAGACAACCUUUGACAGUAGUCAUCUUCACUCUGGUUUGAGUACUGGAGGAACGGGAGAUACGCGGAGGUCGAUUAUCAUCCAGGCUGGUGGAGGUGAGGGGUCGUCGUUUAUUCUGGACAACUCGCCGUUCUUGCUUGACAACUUUGCGUUGGAUACCGACUUUAUCAUGUCCUCGUCCUUGAGUGCUCAAGGUUCCAAGGUUUCGGGAGUUACGACGACAGGGACGUCGACAAUGACAGAUGCAGGACAGCAACACCGUAGGACACAGUCGCAACGGUCCGGGUUCAGUCAGACGGCAGACGGUGGAAUGUCACGACGGGGAACCAACAAGGUCACCUUCAACAUUGCAGGGCAACAACAAGGUGCGGGAGAUGAGGACCCGGUCUCGAAGGCACUUUCACAGCGGAUCGCCAACCACAAGGCCCAACUCCUCAAGAACCAGGGCUUCCUUGGCGACGAUGGCGCCGAUUCUGCAAACGAGUCUGGACAUGAGUCCUCGACCAAACCGCCCGAAGUGACGUUGCCUAAGCCCAUCUCGAGGAAGAAAGUCCGUCAUGUCCAGAUUCAGACACAGCACUGUAUCAUGCGGCCCAUGUACACUCAGACCGAGCCCAUGGAGUCUCUUGUCCGAGAUUCCGAACCUAGGGAGUUUAGUACACAGACGAGUGAGGGCUCAUGUGAGAUGGGUACUUCUACGGAGCUGGAUGCUGCAGAGACGGCGUCGGUCGCGACUUCUACGUCGACUGGCACCACGAUGGUGUCUGCGCAUAUCAUGACUGCCGCACGGGCGACAUCCAAAGUCGCAAGUCUUGUCGCCUCUCUCUCCCAUCCCACCGCCCCCACUAACGGCACCUUCCCCAAGGGCACAGCCACCACCGCCAUGUCGACCACCUCCACCGAAACUUUGGUCCCCUCAGCACCCUUGACCGCCCAAGAGCACGAAGAACUCCUCCUCCUCCGCCAAAAGAAUUCCUCUCUCCAAGCCCAAGUAAUCACCCUCCAACGCGACCUAGCCUCAGAAAUGCGCGCCCGCACCCGCACCGCCGUCGCGAUGCAAGACACCCGCGACAAGUUCGAGAUGCUCUCCGCCAUCGCCUACAAGAAGAUCAAGGAGAUGAUUUUCCAACGCCAUGUGUUGGAGAUGGAGAUCCGUGAGUUGAGGACCCAGGUGGAUAUGCAUGCUGCCGAGGAUGCGGCUGUUUCUGCGGCGGGGACGGUCGAGGUUGUGAGUCCUUCGUAUAGACAGCACCAUCAUCCGCAUCACCAUCAUCACCAGCAACACCAUAGCCAGCAACAGAGCCAGCAGAGUCAGCAGCAACAGCAGCAGCAGCAUUAUGGCCAGCAACAUCAUGGCCAGCACCAUCAUAACCAGCAGCACCAGCAGUACGUCUCUGUCGGGCACUAUUAG